CUUAAUCUGUGCCUUUGGUCUACAUGCUGAACACUGAUUUCAAAGGUUUAUGACACGUCUCCAUUAUGUUCACCUUGUGGCAUUACUUUGCAAUGAAUGUAUGAGAGUCCCGGGAGAGUUUGCAGAAAAUGUAAGGGACAUUCUACAUCACCCCCUGGACCCUGUAAUGUUGAUGUUGGCAUGUCAUGGGGACUUGACAUUUAGGAGUAACUCACACUGAUGCAUAUAUAUUGUAAUGGUUUAACGUGGAGCCUGCCAAGUGACAAGCAAUCAGGAUUUACAGGGGAAAACACUGGACAUGCUGUGCUAAGAAAAACCCGACAACCAAGCUCUAGGCAUCUCUUCACCGCGUGACACGGUUAUCUGCAAGACUGCAAUGCUACAGGAGCCUUGGCCUUUUCAUAGCUUUGAAUUAAAAUGUAACAGUUACCCAAAAUGGACUGAGCCUGAGUAUUUCUCAUUUUCACCUUUUCCUUCCAAGAUAUUCCUCUACUGGUCACUUCUGGCUAUCUUUUUCUUUCCAAACCUUGUGCACACUAUUCCAUACAGAGUGGGAGUUGUUGGACCUUGGUCCUGUGACCCAUUGUUUUCUAAAGCUCUUCCUAAUGUUGCUGCCAAGUUAGCUAUUGAUCGCAUUCACAGUAAUGCUUCUUUAGACCUAGGACUUUCAUUUAAUUACGUGAUACUUGAAGAAGAUUGCCAAACUUCAAAAGCCCUUUCAACAUUCCUUACAUACUCUGGGGUGGCAUCAGGGUUUAUUGGCCCUUCCAACCCAGGGUACUGUGACGCUGCUACCUUACUGGGAAAGAACUGGAACAAGGCUGUGUUUUCUUGGGCUUGUAUCAACUAUGAGUUGGACAAUGUAAAAAGUUAUCCCACAUUUGCCAGGACGCUUCCGUCACCCACCAGGGUACUGUUUAAUGUUAUGAAGUAUUUCCAGUGGGCACAUGUUGGAGUCAUUUCAUCAAGUGAAGAUAUCUGGAGAGACACUGGAAGAAAGGUAGCAAAUGCCCUGCGUAAUAAUGGUUUGCCAGUGGGAAUUGUUGUUUCAAUGGGAGAGGACAGCAUGAGCAUUCGACAAGCAUUGGAGAAAGUCCGCAAAGUUGAAAACCUUCGCAUGAUCAUUAUGUGCAUGCAUUCUGUCCUAAUUGGGGGACAGCCACAACGGAAGCUCCUGGAGAUCGCUCAUGAAAUGAAAAUGACAGAGGGUACAUAUGUAUUUAUCCCAUACGAUACCCUGUAUUAUAGCUUACCGUAUGAAAAAACAACAUAUGACAUUCUGAAGUCCAGCCCAAAACUCAGAGCUGCCUAUGAUGCGGUGCUAACUAUCACGGUGGAAUCAGAACAGAAGACGUUCUACCAAGCCUUUCAGGAAGCAAAGGACAGGGGAGAACUAGAUACCAAAUUAAACCCUGAUGAGGUUUCUCCUCUAUUUGGAACAAUAUACAAUGCAAUAUAUUUCACUGCACAUGCUAUGAACAGCAGCAAAAUGCAUGGGUCCUGGGUAUCUGGGUCUACAUUAGCUCAGCAUUCCAAAAACAUGCAGUUUUAUGGAUUUAACCAGUGGAUUAGGACAGACCUGAGUGGGAAUGGAUUCACAGACUAUGUCAUCCUGGAUACAGACAUUGUGACCUGUGAGCUAUCCCGAACCUACAUUGUUGACAUGGAGACAGAUAUGGUUCGUUACAUGGGGAGGCCCAUUCACUUUCCAAAUGGAGUCUCCCCAAAGUCAGACUCUUACUGUUGGUUUUCAAAUGAUAAGAUCUGCACUGGAGGUAUUGAUCCUGCCUUUGCGUUGAUGGUUUUUCUAUGUAUCCUAGUUGCCAUCAUCUCCAUUAAUGGACUAGCUUAUGUUAUAAGACGUCGUAUUAAUAAAAUUAAAUUAGUUAGAGGACCUAACAAAAUUCUCUUGACCUUGGAUGAUGUUACUUUCAUUAAUCCACAAUUCAGUGUCAAGAAACUAAGUAAUGAUGGCAGCCGAACCAGUGACAGUGCGCAGGUGAUAUCAGAUACCAGGAGUAUGAAGUCACCAAUGAGGUCAGGUUCAAUUAAGAGCCUUACACCAGCUACCUACGAGAAUUCCAAUGUAGCAGUGUACGAGGGUGACUGGGUAUGGAUGAAAAAGUGCCCCACAGGAGAUUUUGGUGACCUUAAACCUGGAACAAGUGAUGUGUUUGAAGUGAUGAAAGACCUGCGCCAUGAGAAUGUUAACCCUUUUCUUGGGUUCUUCCAUGACUGUGGGGUCUUCGCCAUCGUCACAGAGUUCUGUUCCAGGGGUAGCUUGCAGGAUCUCCUCCACAAUAAAGAUGUGAAACUGGACUGGAUGUUUAAAUCUUCUCUUCUGCUGGAUCUUAUCAAGGGUAUGAAGUAUCUACAUCACAGGAAAUUUAUUCAUGGACGGCUCAAGUCACGCAACUGUGUGGUAGAUGGACGCUUUGUGCUGAAAGUCACUGAUUAUGGAUAUAAUGAGAUAUUGCAAACUCAAAAAAUUCCUCAUGAAGAUCCAACAGCAUACGAGUUACUCUGGACAGCACCUGAAUUGUUAAGGGACGUACAUGCAGCACUACAUGGCACCUUUACUGGUGAUGUCUAUAGUUUUUCCAUUAUUAUGCAAGAGGUCGUUGUGCGUGGACCUCCUUAUUGUACCUUAGAGCUUCCACCAGAAGAUAUCAUCCAGAAGAUAAAGAAGCCCCCUCCUAUGUGCCGCCCUAUAGUUUCUCCAGAUCAUGCCCCCAUGGAGUGCAUUGUACUCAUGAAGCAGUGUUGGAAUGAAGUGGCGGACCGACGACCAACCUUUGAUGAAAUAUUUGAUCAGUUUAAAAACAUCAAUAAAGGGAAAAAGACAAAUAUAAUUGACUCCAUGCUGCGAAUGUUGGAGCAAUAUUCAAGCAAUCUGGAAGAUUUAAUAAGGGAGAGGACUGAGGAGUUGGAGAUAGAAAAACAGAAAACUGAAAAGCUCUUAACACAAAUGCUACCUCCAUCUGUGGCAGAGGCUCUUAAAACAGGCUGCACAGUAGAACCAGAAUGGUUUGAUGAUGUCACAUUGUACUUCAGCGAUAUAGUGGGCUUUACCACCAUAUCAGCAAUGAGCGAGCCCAUUGAGGUAGUUGAUCUUCUUAAUGACCUGUACACACUGUUUGAUGCGGUCAUAGGAAAUCACGAUGUGUAUAAGGUAGAGACAAUAGGAGAUGCCUAUAUGGUUGCUUCAGGCCUUCCUAAGAGGAAUGGGAACAGACACGCAGCAGAGAUUUCAAACAUGUCUCUUGACAUCCUCAGUUCAGUGGGUUCUUUCAAAAUGAGACACAUGCCUGAUGUACCAGUCAGGAUACGCAUAGGCCUUCACACAGGGCCUGUUGUGGCUGGAGUUGUGGGACUAACCAUGCCAAGGUACUGCCUAUUUGGCGAUACAGUAAAUACUGCUUCACGCAUGGAAUCAACAGGGAUACCCUAUCGAAUCCAUGUCAAUCAAAGCACAGUCAAAACGCUUAGAUCUUUAAAUGAAGGGUAUCUUUUGGAAUUAAGAGGAAGAACAGAGCUGAAGGGUAAAGGUAUUGAAGAGACAUUCUGGCUGGUUGGAAAAGAAGGUUUUACAAAACCGUUACCUGUCCCGCCAGUGAUCAAGUCAGGGGAGGAUAUAGCCUUCCGAGAUCUAAAGCGACUCUUGAAAACAGCAGUAAAAAAAAUAUCACAGGUCCGGCAUAUUACUUCCCUAAUGACACCUGAAACAGAAAGUGGAUAAACGCUGCUACAGAUGGUGACCUUAAUCUUCUGGAUUAAAUCAAGCCUGAAUCAGUUAAGAAGGACACCUUUUGGGAGGUCAUCCUUAACAAGAUUUACACAUUACACCAGAUAAACCUCCAGAGAUGGAUCAUUGCAAUGCAAAAAAAAAAAGGUUGGCUUUCUGCAGACUCUUUAUACUCUAAACUAUGCAAAUUUUUAAAUAUGAACUCUAUGGACUGUGCUGUCGCAUAUAUGGGUCCGCAAAUAAUUACCUACAAGGAAAGAGACAGCUGCUUGGAAAUGUUGGGCAGUAUAAUGCAAGCCUCAGAGACUGGAAAGAAAGUCACACAAGAAAAAAAGGUUUCUGUUAAAAUUACAAAUUUAUGAAAUUGUAACGUGGUUUUUAUUUUUAUUUAUAUGGUGUUGAAUACAUGAUAGGAUGAAUGCAAAUAUCUACAGUGUACAU